CCGAGCUGAAGCAGCUGAGUCUUCAUGUACGCUUGUGUCCAACUUGUUCUGCGGCUCCAAAAACACUUUGAUUUCACACAUGACACCUCAGCGGGACUUCAUGUCUGCUCAGCUGACAACUUUGUCUGCAGCUGCUGCUUCUGGAGCAACAGGCAGGAUGAGAAGCGCUGCGGAGGAGCUGGGAGGUUUUCUCUCACAAUGCGAUGCCAGCUGCUGGAGACUGUGACAGUGAGGAGGUUUGAAGGCAAGGUCAAAGCUUCAAAGGAAACAAAAAACUCUUCCACAUCUGCUUUUACCCCCAAAUGGUGGACAGGUUUGACACACAUCUGACUUCAUGUGCUACUACUUUACGACUCAUGGCUGGACUGAGACUGAGCACUAAACAUCAUCCUUACUCCUGGUUACAUGGGCUGUGGUCCUGCGUGUUCUUCGUCCUCUGGACUUCCUGUGCUUUUCAGAUUGAUUAUUUAAUCCACCCUGGCAUUUCUUUGUGAAUUAAAUCAAAGUAAGCCUCAGGUUUGAUUGGAGUUAUCCAUCAUUGUGGGAAUUUACAAUGUGAGCUCAUGAGGAACAUUAAACUCUCCUGGCCUGUUUAGGAGGAUCAGCUGUUUUUUUUUGAAAAAACAAUUUCAGAGCCAGUACUCAUAGAUAAUGACAUUACCACAGUGAACACAACACCAAAGGGAAAAAAAUGACUCUGUCCUAGGCCCAUAUUUGUCAAUGAUGUGGUAAAUCUAGUGAUACUGAGAGCAUCUGUAGUUGCGAUGGCCGUUGCCUCCUCUCUAGAGAAGGAUCAGCCCCUCCUCCAGCUCCAGAAAGUAGACUCCAGUCGAGUUGGUGGUCAAGUCCUCUCCCCGACCCUCGGCUCUUCCCUGGAAACAAGCCAGCCCAUCUGCAUCACCUCCCCUUACACCGACCUUGGCCACGACUUCCCCACUAUACCUUUCUACAGUCCAACUUUCUUCGGUUAUGCCGGUCCGAGUAUUUCAGACUGCACCUCUGUCCAUCAGUCACUAAACCCCUCUUUAUUCUGGCCCAGCCGUGGUCACAUGGGGUCCCCAAUACCCCUGCACCACUCCCAGUCUCGACCUCAGCACGGACAGCCAAUCCAGGGUCCAUGGGUGGAGAUCUCGCCGCUGGACAAUGUGUUAAAAACAAAGCAGGAUGGUGCAUCACUUCCUCUGGCAAUCGUCCCGGUCAGGAAUAAGAGUGCGAGGAGGCGUUCUCAGGAGAGCGAGGAGGCCGUGGUGUCGUCCGGCGGGAAGGCAGACCUCCACUUCUGCGCCGUGUGUCAUGACUACGCCUCAGGAUACCACUACGGCGUCUGGUCCUGCGAGGGGUGUAAGGCCUUCUUCAAGAGGAGCAUCCAAAGAGACAACGAGUACAUCUGCCCAGCUACCAAUGCAUGCACUAUAGACAAGAAUCGCCGCAAGAGCUGCCAGGCGUGUCGCCUUCGGAAAUGUUGCGAAGUUGGCAUGACCAAGUGUGGUAUGAGAAAGGAGCGUGGAAACUACAAGAGCCCGCAGAUCAGGCGAAUGACCCGUCUGGCCUUACAGGACAAAACUGAUGGCUCGAGAGUGUUAACUGGAUCCGCAGUAGUUCCAUUAAACGCGCCUCAACCUUCUGCACUGACUUCAGAGCAGCUUAUUGAGCGAUUAAUGGAGGCCGAGCCGCCUGAGAUCUAUCUCAUGAAGGACAUGAAGAAGCCACUGACCGAAGCGAAAGUCAUGAUGUCGCUCACCAACCUGGCAGAUAAGGAGCUGGUUCACAUGAUCACCUGGGCCAAGAAGAUUCCAGGGUUUGUAGAGCUUGGCCUCUUGGACCAGGUGCACCUUUUGGAGUGCUGCUGGCUGGAGGUGCUGAUGGUCGGACUGAUCUGGAGAUCAGUGGAUCAUCCGGGGAAACUCAUCUUCUCCCCUGACCUCAGCCUGAGCAGAGAAGAGGGGAGCUGUGUCCAGGGCUUCGUGGAGAUUUUUGAUAUGCUGUUAGCUGCCACGUCCAGGGUGAGAGAGCUCAAGCUCCAGAGAGAGGAGUACGUCUGCCUCAAGGCCAUGAUCCUCCUUAACUCCAACAUGUGCCUCAGCUCCUCAGAGAGCAGCUCCAAGCUGCUGCGUCUUCUGGACGCUGUAACGGACGCGUUGGUGUCGGCCAUUGGCAAAACCGUCCUCACCUUCCGUCAACAGUACACCCGCCUCGCCCACCUGCUCAUGCUGCUCUCACACAUCCGCCAUGUCAGUAACAAAGGCAUGGACCACCUCCACUGCAUGAAAAUGAAGAACAUGGUGCCUUUGUAUGACCUGUUGCUGGAGAUGUUGGACGCCCACAUCAUGCACAGCUCCCGUCUGCCUCGACGGAGCCCCGAGCAGGAGCCCGAGGACCAGAGUGACGCUCCUGCUCCGCCUCACAGCUCCGGUAGCGGCCCCUCAUACACCUGGACUCCCAGCAGCUCUGAAGGCGCAGGUGAACCGCAGUAGUCAGCUGAGAAUUUUUGAAUUUUUUGUCCACCGCUUUGCGCUAAAAACAGUUCACUAUUGAUGAUGAGACUUUUUUACUGGAACGUUCUGCAGAGCGCUGACUCCUGUGGACUGUGAAAACGAAGCUUUGACACACCGUGCACUAAUUCUGCUCUACAGAGUCGAUUUUAAAGACGUCAGCUGUGUAGACCAAUCUCGUUGUAUUCAUUGCCUUACCACCACAUAUUUAAAA